AUGUGUUCACCAUUGGGUCCACCGAAAAUCUCUAUAGGUGACAAAAUAAAAGAUCAAUUUUUGGUGAAGAAAAAACUUGGCGAAGGUUCAUGUGGCAUGGUAUAUUUGGUAUUAAAUAUUAAAGAUACCAAGAGAGCAGCCAUGAAAGUGGAACCAUUAAUGAAAUCAAAAGAUGAUGAAAUUUUAAAAAUGGAAGUAUAUGUAUUAAAAAAGAUGCAACAGUCGAAACAUGUAUGUCAAUUAUUAGCUGCUGGUAAAACAUCGUCCUACAAUUUUUUGAUAAUGUCGCUGUUGGGAAAAGAACUAUCGGAUAUUAGAAGACGAUUACAUGAUCGUAAAAUGUCUAUUGGAAGUGUUUUGAAAAUUGGGAUACAAUCAACAACGGCAAUACAUGAUUUACAUAAAGUUGGCUUUGUACAUCGUGAUAUUAAACCAAGCAAUUUUGCAAUGGGUCGAGAUGAGAAGGCUAAUAUUGUAUUUAUGUUUGAUUUUGGCCUAGCACGACAAAUUAUGUUUCCUGAUAAAGAUGGAAAACUUAAGCUUCGUGAAGCUAGGAAAAAGGUAGCAUUUCGUGGUACAGUGCGUUAUUGUUCAUUAAAUGUACAUUUGUAUAGAGAACAAGGAAGACAUGAUGAUCUAUGGAGUAUGUUCUAUAUGCUAAUUGAAUUAUUAUCAUCGACAUUACCAUGGAAAGGUAUGGCACGAAAAGACAGUGCUCAUAUCAAGCAAACAGUUUCUGAUCGUGUAUUACUAGCUGGAUGUCCGGAUUGCUUUGCUGAUAUAAACAAUCAUCUCAAAAGUCUCACUUACAUUGACACACCAAAUUAUGCAAUGUUUCAGUCAAAAUUCACAAAAGAACUUAAUAAAUUAAAAAUCAAACCAUCAGAUCCAUUUGAAUGGAAUGAAAAAGGUCUCUUGAAACAAGAAGCCAGUGUUGCUCAUGAAAAUGAAAAGGAUGUUAAGGUUGAAAUUGAUAAGACAGGAGAUACGAACACGGGCCGUUUGGUGGAUGAAUCUGUAGAAUCGGAAGAAUCUAUUGGUGGAAGUGAAACAACCGGUUUAGCAGGAGAAAAUACCUUAGAAGUCCUAGAUCCUGACAAAAAAUGA